GGCUCUCCGGUCGUGUUCUCUGUUUCGAGCGCCCGUCCUCUGCGAAACUAGCUUGGACAGCGAGCUUUCGCUUGGCACGUCGCCCGAGAGCAACCAUGGACGAAUUAGGAGGGACAUCACCCCUCCAAUUGCUGCAAGAUGACUUCGAGUCUUCGGACCAGGAGAUACGUCUGAAGGCGCUCAAGCGUGUAAAGCUGGUUGCGGAUGUGCUUGGCCCGGAAGUGACCCGAAGCGAGCUCAUUCCUUUCAUCAAUACUAUUGUGGAGGAUGAUGAUGAGAUAUUGCUUGCCCUCGCCGAAGCUUUGGGGCAGCUGGUGCCCGCGGUGGGAGGCCCGGGCCAUGCGGCUCUUCUAUUGCCUAGCUUGGAGAACCUAGCGGCGAUGGAGGAGACGGUAGUGCGGGAUAAGGCGGUGGAGUCAGCGUGCAUGGUUAUUGGACUCAUGCAAGGCGGUCAGCAAGAGGUGGCGGACAUGGUGACUCGGCUGAGUACAGGAGACUGGUUUACGGCCAAGGUGUCUGCUUGUGGGCUGUUCACUGCAGCUUACAAGCACAUCUCAGAACACGACCAACGCACGUUGCUGCGUGCACAGUUUGACGUCCUGGCGAAAGACACAGAUACGCCCAUGGUCAGGCGGGCCGUAGCGUCCAACGUGGGCAAUUUCGCCGGGGUGGUUGAAGGUCACUUGCUUUUGAGCGACGUGGUGCCUGUGUUCGAAGCAUUGGCUUCAGAUGACCAGGACAACGUCCGUUUACUGGCAGUGGAACAAGCCGGCAAAGUGGCCAAGGCUUUGGUGGACCAACAACUGGAGGAUGAGUGUGCGUCUCAUAUCGUACCUGUUAUCAAGCGCGCGGUGGAGGACCGCAGCUGGCGGGUACGUUGUGCAAUGGCGCGGGGCUUCGCGAACGCAGCGCAUGCUGUUGGACCGAAGCUGACGACGGUAGAGCUGUUGCCCUGCCUCACGAGCCUUCUUCAAGACCACGAAACCGAAGUGAGGGCAGCAAUGAUCAAGGACAUCUCAAGCUUCGUGGAUUUGGUCGGACCAUCUACAUUCGCCAGUCAAGUAAUGCCAUACGUGCUGGCACUGCUUCAGGAUGUGAACCUGAAUGUCCGGAUUGCCCUAUCGAACGCAUGCAUGAAACUUGCGCCCAAGCUUGGUCAGGAGCACACGAUGACUCACAUCUUGCCGAUGCUUCUGGCCUUCCUGCGGGAUGAGUCCUCAGAGGUACGACUGCAUAUUCUUCUUCAAUUGGAUGGCCUGGCGGAGUGGAUGCCAGCCAUGGCAGAGCAGGUGCUUCCUCUGGUCCUUGAACUUGGGCAAGACAUCAUCUGGAGGGUGCGGAGGGCGGUGAUGGUCAGCGUUCCUCUCUUGACGGAGAGGAUGGGGGUGAAUUACUUUGAAGAGAAUCUGCUGGAACUUUACCUGCAGGCAUACCGGGACAGCGUGAACGAGGUACGGGUCGGCGCAUCAGAGGGGUUGCAACGACUGUGCAAGGUUUGCGGCGCAGAUUGGUUGCAGGAGAAGGUCCUGCCGCGUAUACACGGGUUCUAUGACGAAUCUACAUUCUACCUCAUCAGGAUCGCAAUCCUAAACGCGCUCAAGAAACUGGCCAACGGAGAGGGGAGUGCGGCAAGCGUCCUGGUCGGGGACGUGCUUCAGUUGGUUCUUCGAGGGGCGCAUGACAGCAUCCCCAACGUGCGGUUUACGGCUGUACGCGCUCUUCAAGAGAUGGCACCACACCUUGACGCUGGGGCUGUGGACUCGCAGGUGCGCCCGUGCCUGACGGAGCUGAUGCAAUCUGAUCCAGAUGACGACGUGAAAUUUUUUUCUGCACAGGCCUUGGAAAGCAUUCGCUGAUGGAAAGUUAUAUGUGUGCGAAGGCGAAAAGGGGCGUGAUGCAUCCAAACGCACGGCGGCAAGAGAUUUCCCGUGUCGCUGGUUGGGUUGUAACGUUGUAACACUGUAAUGGGUAUCGCUUCUGAACUUCACGAGAGGCAAAUGUUUUUGUUUGAUUGUUCACAAAGGGCGGGCAUAUGGGGCAGAAGGGGUGGCAAAUAGUAAUUUGCGCAAGGUCAGCACGUGACCUGUCGAAAUUGCCGUUUUGAUCUUUCGGGGCAAGUACAAGGCGAGCACCAACGUAUUUAGUGGCGAAAUCGAGCCCGUAAAUCGUUCACCAACAGUGAACGUAGGACGGUGUCCUUCCACCAGUUUCUUCUUACAUGCGUUGCGGCAACUACGGUCUCGCGUGACCUAGCCGGCGUACACAAACGAGUCGCAAGCAUCCGUGAAUUCUUGGCCGUGUUGUUUCGUUGGAGCGGUUCUCUGCAACACCUCAUCCAUGCCGACGAGACUUCAUCGCUUUGCGUUCCUACUCGACGAUCUCGAUCGCCGGCGCUUGCGUCGGCUAAAUUCUGCUUUAGUGCCAAGCCGCAACUUAUCUACCAACGCCGUACCUUCUUCGUCUAAGUCGACCAAGUUUCGGCGAACGGUGGGUUCCGAAGGAACACCACCAGCACCGUCCGCUGCAGCAACAGAUAACUUCGAAGUAGUCGGCACACCGCUGCUACUCCCCGCCAAAUGCUCGUCCCACUCGCCCACCCCCUCUCCAGAAUCUGAUAACAAAUCGAGGUCGUCCCCCCCGCCGCUCGUCUUGUCCCUCCCCAGACCUGCGAGCGACUUGAAAACCGACCCCGCCUUUGCCUGCUGACCAAAGGCUCUGAUAUUGCCCGCCGUACUCGGACGACGAGACCCCGCAUCCGCCAUACUUGGACUUGGAGUGCGAGACCUCGCGUCAAGCUCCUCUCCCCGUGGCACUACUGUGUGACUUUUCUCCUCAGCACCACCCGACUCUGUCGGGCUACCGUUGGUGGUCAGACCACCUAUUUCGUGUCGAGUCAAAAACGCCGCGGACACCCGGCCAUACUUGCUUGGUGGGACCGCUAGGCUGGAAGGAUCUCCGCCUCCAACUGGAUCAUCGUCAUCGGCCGUUGGGUCGUUCGACAUGAACUUAUCAUAUGAGAACGCCGACGAUUUCUGGUGUCCCAGCGAAGCACGGCGAUCCCGUCCUUUCGAAUCCCAUGAGGUGGCGAAGCGGCUGCACAGGGAUGAGGCGAUCAGACCAAGAGGCUCCGGUGCGUAGACCCGGGCACAUUCGCCUACCAGCGAAGAUGUUGCCAGAACGUACCUUCCUAUCGAACGUCUCGAAAGAGUUCUAUAAACCCUCGACGGGGGGGAAAGGUUUUUCUGCUGCCCUCCCCGGGUACGCACCCCUGCUUCUGAAAUGCCUCGGCCGCCAUGCCCCCCCCCAACAAAAUCUUCUGGGCUGCUGCCGGAUGUUCCUCUUGCUCGGAUCGCAUUCAGAUAUUCUGGGGUCGGCGUCGUCAACACCGAGGCAGGAAGAAGGAAACCGAGGACGAGAAGGACUUCUGGGGCACUUCGUCCAAGCAUUUUGAAAUGAUACGCAACAGAUAGUGCGGUAUGUUGGGUGUGUCACACUUCCGCCGUCUCUACCCUCUGCAGUCACUCUCGUAGCUUUUGGGCUGGUGGCAGCAACGCAGUGAUGUUGACACAGUUCGCUGCUGCUGCUCACGAUGUGAUCGUGCGCCUGGCAAGCUUUAAAGUUCGGUUCGGAGACGGGUGCACGAAUUGAUUCACGGUGCCGCUUUAAGCUUGCUGUGGCGCAGCUGUGUCCCGUGCGCUCUUCACUUUCCAGUUUGUUCUGCGGUGGGGGCUGCAGCACCAUCGGCUAGAUGGGUGAUUCCCCUCUAUCUGCUGACGCUGGUCUUGCAAUGGAGGACUUCGUCGAAGGUGUAGAGCAUCGUAGUCUCCAUCGCCGGCUUGCGACACUCGAGGCGCUGGCUGCGUGGUUGAGUCCCCACCAGCCUUGUGAGGCUGUCUCCAAGCCGCAGGCAAGAGUGCUGGUGCGACUGCUGGUAAGCGCCCUGUGCAGCGCACAAUAUUUGGAGCGCUCGUGGAUUGUUGGCCUGCACAAGACGAUAUCAAGAGCAGCAAGGUCGGAAAGGUGCCCGACAUUCACGCCAAUGUGUGUCGCGAGCCUGGCUGGUGCUGCCCCUUCGGCAUCAGACGGCAACUCCCAGCUGGCAAUCCUGCGCGUCGCAUGUGUCCUUGUCGAAGCAGCAGCACCUGCUGACGCUGAAGAGGGGGUGCCAGAGUGGGUUCGGAAACUCAUUGCAGCGCAGGCUUCCGUUCAUGAGAGGGUGGGUGCGAAUGGCGACGAAGACAACAGUGCGAAGGCCGAGGUGCUGCUUCACAGAUGCCUCAAGAUGCGUCCUGGUUUACUCGACGUGUAUCUCGACGUACUGACAGCCGAGGACAGAAGUAGUGACAGCCUCAUGGUGCUAUCAGCCAUUGCUUCCUUUACAGUGGAUCUUCCGGCAUAUGAGGGUGAGUUUGCUCGAGACGAAUUGUGGUCUAAAUAUUAUUCUUCAUUUGGUGGUGCUUCCUGCUGAAACUGUCCACCCUCCCGUCCAGUAGUCGACCACGUUACACUCAAACUGUACUUCGCAGUGCAUACCAGGAUAUCACAGCAGUUGUGGCGGCUACGAUGUAAGGGACUCGAUACAACAGAAAACAUGGAUACAGUAGUGGUCCCGAUAUACUGUGUUUGUGUGUGUGUUUUCGUCCUAUUCAUUAUGGCGACAGUCCCCCCAUUUUUCGUGGUGAGACGUGUACUACACUUUUCACCGUACAGUAGCGGCUACGGUUUAAGAGAGGGUCGGUACAAGCCAAUUUCACUCUCUUAAAUCCGGCUUUCUGUUAUAUCGUGUUGGCUACGGUAUAAGAGAGAAUUCUCUUAAACAGUAUCUCACUAUAAGAGAAUAUUCUCUUAUAUCGUAGACAAAACUUAAGGUCGUGAAACAGGGACUCUCGCGCACUGACUACACUCGAAUGCCAAAAUAGGUCAUGAAGAGAGCGUAUCAU